GACAGGUAGGCACAGGUGUGUACCUCGGCGGGGUUUGGUUAUUUCAAGGCAUCCAGGACAUACAAUUAAAUCUCACACAGUGCCCAUGAAGAACUACUAUACCUGUUUAUUCAGGACAUAGGCAGUAUCAAACUUAUAUAAGAUGGCGACGUCACGAGCUGAUAAAGUAACAGAAUUCCUCACCUGCGUAAUCUGCCAGGAACUGUACACGGACCCCUGUACACUGAGAUGUGAUCACACAUUCUGCAGGAAAUGUGUCACUGCAUUCAUCCACACCAGACCAGACGCUGUACAGUCCAAGACGAUCCCCUGUGCCUUCUGUCGACAAGAUACCAAGGUCCCCCACCCCAUCCGGCCAGUGGAGGAGUGGGCGGGGCAGAUCAAACCCAGCAUCAUUAUACAGGGGCUGAUUGACACACGCUGGUGCUGUCAAUACAGGUUCCGCUUCAUGUUGCUCUGUGUGUGAGAAGUUAGGGGAGACAACUCCGGGAGCCUCAUGGUGUUCUGAGUGAGAAGUGUUCCUCUGCGAGAGAUGUGUCAAGAUGCAUUGUGCAAAUCCUGCAUCACAUGGCCAUGAAAUCUGUGACCUUUCAGGGG